UGCAACGCAGGCCUGUACCAGUGAUACUUGCACCGUGGAUCUUCAGUCUGUGACCCCUCUGCUGUCAAGGAGCUGGAAGCCGUCCUCCCUCGCCAUCAGGAGGCCAGGCCAGAAGAGGGCACCAGAUCUCAUUAUAGAUGGUUGUGAACCAUCAUCAUGUGGUUGCUGGGAAUUGAACUCAGGACCUCUGGAAGGACAGCCAGUGUUCUUAACCUCUGAGCCAUCUCUCCAGCCCGCAAAUGUUUUUUUAAGGGAACACUGUAUUCACCAGAGAAGACUGCUCAGACAUGGAUUUAAGCCACCAGAAAGUCUUUAUUAGCUGGCUGAUCGCAGUACUGAGAAGUUUUAUCCCGAGGAACACACUUAUGACGGUUUGGAAUCACAGGCAGCAAGCAAUACCAGACGAUUGUGCUGGCGAUGUUUCUCGGUCUCCACAGUGUGGAGGGCCCUGUGAUGAGAUACUAGAAAGAAACUGGAAUGUCUCUGAAGGUGAGAGCCUGGUACAGACCCUCUACUGAAAGGAUGACGUCACACCAGUGACCAUGUUCCUUAAGGGCCCCUUAGGGGAGAAGGGUCUGAUUUGUAACGGCUUUGACAAAAACUUCCGUUUGAGCCCAAGGCCAUUAGUGUGUCAGGGAGUCUCUACAGAAGAGAGGCCACAUCCUGACUACACUCCAGAGAACUUGGAGCACAGGAGAGACCCAACUGGCCAGGAGGGGCUUCCUACACUUGAAAGCCCAUUCAUAUGUGCUGGGUGUGGGAGAACAUUCAGAGGAAGCCUUGACCUUGUUCAGCAUCAGAGAGCCGACUUUGGAGGGAAGCCUCUUAUGUGUUCUGAAUGUGGAAAAUCCAUUAGCCAGAACUCAAGCCUUAAAGAACACCAAAAGUCUCACAUGCUUGAGAAGCCUUAUGAAUGCAAUGAGUGUGGAAAGGCUUUCAGGCGGAGCUCGAACCUCAUCCAACAUCAAAGAAUCCAUUCUGAAGAAAAACCAUAUGUCUGCAACCCGUGUGGGAAAGCCUUCAGGCGGAGCUCAAACCUCAUUAAACACCACAGGAUUCACACGGGUGAGAAGCCUUUUGAGUGCAAUGAGUGUGGUAAAGCCUUCAGCCAGAGUGCACACCUCAGGAAGCAUCAGAGGGUUCACACCGGAGAGAAACCUUACGAGUGUCAUGACUGUGGCAGGCCAUUCAGUCGUGUCUCAAACCUCAUCAAGCACCACAGGGUGCACACUGGAGAGAAACCUUACCAGUGCAGCGACUGUGGGAAGGCGUUUAGCCAGAGUUCCAGCCUGAUUCAGCACCGGAGAAUUCACACUGGAGAGAAGCCUCAUGUAUGUAGUGUGUGUGGGAAAGCCUUCAGUUACAGUUCCGUGCUCAGGAAGCACCAAAUAAUUCACACAGGAGAGAAGCCGUAUGGGUGCAGUAUCUGUGGGAAGGCCUUCAGUCACAGCUCAGCCCUCAUCCAGCAUCAAGGUGUGCACACUGGAGACAAGCCCUAUGAGUGCCAUGAGUGUGGGAAGACCUUCAGCCGAAGUUCCAACCUCAUCCUUCACCAUCGAGUCCACACUGGAGAAAAACCUUAUGAAUGUGCUGAAUGUGGAAAAACCUUCAGCCAGAGCUCAACCCUCAUUCAGCACCAGAGGAUCCACAAUGGCUUAAAACCUCAUGAAUGUAACCAGUGUGGCAAAGCCUUCAACCGAAGCUCAAAUCUUAUCCACCACCAGAAAGUUCACACUGGGGAGAAGCCCUACACGUGUGUCGAAUGUGGCAAGGGUUUCAGCCAGAGCUCGCAUCUCAUUCAACAUCAGAUAAUCCACACUGGAGAGAGGCCCUAUCAGUGCAGUGAGUGUGGAAAGGCCUUUAGUCAGCGUUCCGUCCUCACCCAGCACCAAAGGAUUCACACUGGAGUGAAGCCCUAUGGCUGCUCUACCUGUGGGAAGGCAUUCAGCCAGCGGUCAAAGUGGGCUAAACACCAGUUAAUCCAUGCAGCGGAGUAGCCUGGAGGCUGGGAGGAGUACAGCCAGCCAUGGUUCCUCUCUGAUUCUUCCCUUCCUAGACCUGAAGCCAGGCUCGCUGUGUUUUAUGUCCAGUUGCCACAAAACCGGGAGCCCUCCUUUGUAACGACCUACAAGGCUCUCUUCGGCUGUUGCUGCUGACUCGUGUGACCGCUCAUCUGCAUUGUGUCCUUUUUAUGGUUUGAAAGCAGACUCAUGUUGGUUAGAAGGAAAAGAUGACAAGACUUUCACGUUCUCAGUUUAUUAGUGUAAUCAAAAGGAACAAAAAUAGGUAAUGUGACCGUUGGCUGGAAAGUACCUCAGUAAUCCUUCGUUUAGCAUUUAGUCAUAGGGAGUGAGUUCUGAUUUAGUGUUUAUUACUGAUAUUUUGUUUACAUAAGACCAAUGUGAGGGUUUUUCACCAAUUGCCAUCCUCUCUGGAGGUAUUUCUCCACUUCCUUUCCCCUCCCAUCCUGUAUCUUACUCCAGAUCUUCCUGUCAUCCUGUUUUUAUUUAUAUCUUCAGUCGGUAUUGAGUGUUGCCAUACAUACCACGUGCCCCACAAAGCUGGAGUAUUCACUCUCGGACCCUUUCCAGGAAGUUUACCUGCUUUGCCAUAGGACGCUGCCCUGUUAUCAUAGGGACUCUCAAGGUCAUUGGAGAGAGGCUCAAGGCUCUUGCAGGAAUUGAAGUAUUUGUGACUAGAAGUCUAAUCAGUGUGCGUGUGCUUGCCUGAGAACCCUGAGGCUCUGUCCUAGUUAGGGUUACUCUGGCUAUGAUGAAACACCAUGACCAAAAGCAGGUUGGGGAGGAAAGGGUUUAUUUGGCUUACACUUACACUUCCAUCCUUGAAGUCCAUCACUGGGGGAAGUGAGGGCAGGAACUCAAACAGGGCGGAAACCUGGAGGCAGGAGCUGAUGCAGAGGCCAUGGAGGAGAGCUGCUUACUGACUUGCUUCCAUGGCUUGCUCAGCCUACUUUCUUAUAGAACCUGGGACCACCAGCCCAGGGGUGGCCCCAUCCACAAUGGGCUGGGCCCUUCCACAUCAAUCACUAAGAAAAUGCCCUAUAGUCUUGCCUACAGCCUAAUCUUAUGGAGGCAUUUUUCCAGUUGAGACUCCCUUCUUUCCUGACUCUAGCUUGUGUCAAGUUGACAUGAAACUAGCCAGACUCUUGUCUCAAAAGUAAAUAAAAAGAUAGAUAGGUGAAAUUAAUGUCCAAGUUUCUCACUCUGAAGUUGUUAUUUUCCUUUUCAACUACUAUAGACAACCUGUUUCUCAUCAAUAUCUACCUUGUUUGUGUCUCAUCAUGAUUCUUCUAAUUACCAAAGAAAGAGUUUCACCUUC